GUCAACGCCGGCGCCGCAGAAGCAGCUGUAGCACGAGCUGGAACGCCGCAGGGAGUCCUGCAGCUCCCCGAGCUACCACUUCCAUUCGCCGAAAUGCCCGCUGCGGAGUCCACAGAGAAACACUUCUUGAGGCUGAGGGCUCGCAAUUCCGGAGGCUGGUCUGA